AUGAAGAGGCAGAACGUGCGGACUCUCUCGCUGAUCAUCUGCACGUUCACUUACCUGCUGGUGGGGGCGGCGGUCUUCGACGCCCUGGAGUCGGAGCACGAGCUGCGCGAGGAGGAGCAGCUGAAAGCCGAGGAGACUCGGCUGAAGGGGAAAUACAACAUCACCAGCGACGAUUACCAGCAGCUGGAAGAGAUCAUCAUGCAGUCGGAACCCCACCGGGCCGGCGUCCAGUGGAAAUUUGCCGGCUCUUUCUACUUUGCCAUUACAGUCAUCACCACCAUUGGUUACGGCCACGCUGCCCCUGGGACGAAUGCAGGGAAGGCCUUCUGCAUGUGCUACGCUGCCCUGGGCAUCCCACUCACCCUUGUCAUGUUCCAGAGCCUCGGCGAACGCAUGAACACCUUCGUCAAGUACCUCUUGCAACGGAUGAAGAAGUGUUGCCGGAUGAGAAGCACCGAGGUCUCCAUGGAGAACAUGGUGGCCGUCGGCUUCUUCUCCUGCAUCGGCACCCUCUGCAUCGGAGCAGCUGCCUUCUCUCAUUGUGAAGAGUGGACCUUCUUUCAGGCCUUCUAUUACUGUUUUAUCACAUUGACUACAAUCGGGUUUGGAGACUACGUGGCCCUUCAGACGAAAGGAGCCCUUCAGAAGAAGCCGCUCUACGUGGCCUUUAGCUUUAUGUACAUCCUGGUGGGAUUAACCGUCAUCGGGGCUUUCCUCAAUCUGGUUGUUCUCAGGUUGUUCAUGAACAUCGAGGAAGAGAGACGGGAGGCUGAGGAGAGGGCCUCCCAGGCGGGAAACCGGAGUAGCAUGGUGGUCCACAUCCAAGAAGACUCUCAACAUGGCCGCCCACGGUACAAGCAGUACUUUCACUCCAUCUCCUACAAGAUUGAGGAGAUCUCACCAAGCACAUUAAAAAACAGCCUGUUCCCAUCUCCCAUCAGUUCAAUCUCCCCUGGAUUGCACAGCUUUACGGACCAUCACAGGCUGAUGAGACGACGGAAAUCUAUUUGA